AUGUGUUUUGAUACCCUUGGUAAACGCGAUGAUCAUCCUUUGGGUCUGUACAUGUGUCAUGGUCAGGGCGGAAAUCAGGUAAUAUAUCAACCUUAAGGAAAACGGUACCCUAAGGCUAAGCUCACUAUAUGAUAUUGAAAGAAUAUUUAGAUUCCGGGUUGAGAACCAUAUCACAGGCAUAUACUAUACAUGCAGUACAUGCAGUACGUGCGCAACAUGCUCCAUAUAUUUUGGGAAAGCCAUUUGAAGUUUAUUCCUUCAUGGCAAUCAUUCAUGUUGAAUAAUCUCUUGCAUGUCCGAGUCUGUAACUGGUCACGUGGCGUGACGUAAGAUUCCCGCGUGACUGCAAGCAAGACCUCAAUACUCAUUCUAUUUUCUUUUUCAGUACUUCACUUUAAAUAGCAAAGGAGAAGUCAAGUCUGAAGACAAUUGCUUGGACUAUAACGGUUAUGAUUUAUAUCUCAGGGAGUGUGAUAACUUAGGACAGAACCAAAAAUGGGAAUAUAAG